UAUCACAACGUGCUUCAGGCGGUCCAUCCGAGCGACCGGCCCCUUUUCCUCCUCCCCCCUCAACUCCUCCAGGAGCCCCCUCCCCUUCCCCGGCCCCGCCAGCCCCUAUAGAUGGGCGGGAGGGAAGGAACGGCCCGGGCAGACGGCCGCGCAAAUCCGCAGCGACGGCAAACAGCUGCAGCUCCUCUGACGACCCGGCUCCAAGUCCAGACCAGCCGCCGCCAUGGACAGCAAAGCCGCCUUCCUCGCCUUGCUGCUGCUCCUCGGGACCCUCCGCGCCGCCGACGGGAAACCCAUCAGCCUGACUUACCGCUGCCCAUGCAGAUAUUUUGAGAGCAAUGUAGCGAAAUCCCAUGUGAAGCACCUCAAGAUCUUGACUGUCCCCGGCUGUUCACUGCAGAUCAUCGCAAGACUGAAAAACAGCAGCAAACAGAUCUGCCUCGAUCCCAAGUUAAGGUGGAUUCAAGAGUACCUGGAGAAAUACCUGCACAAGAGAUUCAAGAUGUAAGAGGCCAGCAUUGUAGCUGUCCACAGGAUGCCUCACUGUAGAAGCCAGAAAGCAGAGGUCCCGCUAUUAGGGAGCGAUGAGGGCAUCUCUCUUUAUCACGCAGCACAAAGCGGCGCUUCAUGCACUUCCCAGAGCCUCUUGUCCGCACAGAAUGCCUUUGCCUUUUGCCAAUACUAGCCGAUUGUAGCAGGAACUCUCCGUGAAGUUUGGUUUAUCACGUAGUAGCACUGACGCCAGCAGCAGAUUAAAAACGUUGCUUCGUAUACGGCGGUUCCUUUCUGCUGUACAGAACCCUGGCACUUGCCAGAAGUUUCCAUGCAGGUUAACAAUCUACUGUGGUUCAUCUGUAUGGAAAGGAAUGAGGGUGUGUGUGUGUGUGUGUGUGUCUGUCCCACUGACAUUUGUAGAGAACACUCUUUUCCCCCUGCAGACCUAUGGUGGAAGUUGAGACAUCCUGCAGCCACCAGAGUUUGCACAAAAAGUGAUGGAUGCAUUCCAUGUACGUGCAGGUGAACAAUUUCUAUUCCCGUGGGCCCAAUGAACGAGGGUCUAAAAAGGAUGGUUUUGAUGGUGUGACAGGCAUCGUGACCUUACCCAGGAAUUUCCUCUUUCAGAAAUGUUGAACUAGCACAUAUAGGACUUUUGGAUCUUUCUUCCGCAGGGGAAAAUGGCCAGCGUUCGCGAGCUUCGUAAUGCGCGAGCCACAAGUUGAUUUCACGUGUGGCAACUGAUGUGUUUGUGUCACUUUUGGUGAACCUGCAAUUGCAGAAGUUGCCGCAGUUUAAAUUUCUGUGUGCUUUUGGCUCACGCGUGCUCAGAAUAGCAGGCCACUCCCCCCUGUGAAUUAAAGUGGUAAAAAGGAAAAAGAAUGUAUUAAAUAUCAGAGAACAUACAGAGUGAUGAGCACUGUGAGGGGAUAUCUUUUCGAGGGUGCUUAUGCAUAUAGAUUAGAGACUGCUUGGGGUGUGUAUGUGCUGAUGAAUGUGCAAUCAGGUGUCAAAAUUAUCUGGAUAAUUUGUUGGGAUCACAGAUUGCUGGUGUGCAUGAAAGUCUGAUACCUCUUGGGUGCAUUGGAUUCUGAACCCAGUUCAACAUGGGCUCAGCUGCAGUCUUUGCUUUUCAUGAAUCGCUCCAAAGCAUGAUUCACUGUGAGCUGAAUUUGCACCAGAUACUUACCUGAUAUGCCAAAGAGUUUGACCUCGUAUCUCCCUUUCUCAUUGAAUGUGUGAUGCCAAAGAGAAGCUCCGGCUAGUCCCGGAGUCUGUUAGCUAUCCUGCUCGUCCAUUACUUGGAGUAAAGUGCCAAAGGUGAAGCCACAUGAACGAUGUUGCUUGUGAAACUGGGGCAUAGAUGGAUGCUAGAAGCUGUCUUGCACAUAGGAAUCUGUACGGAUGAGGGGGUUCGGCUGGUAUUUAUGCACUGCCAAACGGAGCGAUGAUGAGCACAAAAGUUUCCAGCUAAGCCCCUGCAAGCGUACAAGGUUCCCGAUCCUCCAACCUGUUCUUUUAUCUGCCUGUGACUUUUCUCCUGACAGAUUGGUUUAAAGAAUCUUGCUUACCACAUUCACAUAGUUGCGUUGAUCUGAGCACGACCCAGUUUAGACAGAGGUUGAAAGCUGAAUUUUACUGUGUCAAAUCCCUCAUUUGAUACUCGAGCCCAUCUGUCAACACAGAGCGCAGUUGUUCAGCUGACUCUGCCAGGGUGCAGAGACUUCAGGGAUGCCCCUGAAAUGCCCUCCACGUGGCAAAACAGGGCGCGAAUGGGCUCCUCCUGUUAUGGUGACUUAUGGAGGCCCCUAGCUCACAUGCCUGCCCUGUAAGUGAGAGGAGGAGUAAAAUGACAAGCUUUCCCACACUGAAGCGAAUUACGGAUGAAAAUGAAAUUCAGAGGGAAAGAAAACCAAAACACUACACGGGGAAAUGGAAAGUAGCAUUGAAACGAUUAGGUUCCCAUAAAUGUGGGGAGGAAAUCACAGGAGAAUUUUUUACACUGGGCUUUAGCUAGGAGUAGAUGGCAGCGAUGCAUGGUAUUUAUGUUACUGCAAAAUGACAAAUUAUGUUUCUGCAAAAUGUGCCUCUGUAGUCCAAACGUUUUUUUUUUAAAAAAAGAUGAAUGAAUGUUUAAAACAUAAGAAAGUGAUGGAUAACGAAUCCAGGUGGAGCCUGUGUCAGUUAUUAGCUGCACUAAUUUGCCUUUCUUGCUGUUGCUGAUAAUGCAUUUAUCAGGGGAGAAAUGAAUUCAAAAGACACCUCAGAAUCUGCAGGAAUGGACCCAGGAGUCUCGACCAGGGAUGGUGAACCUUUGCCCCUCCACAUGUUGCUGGACUACAAAUCCCAUGAUUCUGAUUGUUGGCCGUGUUGGCUGGGAUGGAUGGGAGUUGCUCUUCAGCAACAACUUGGAGGGCCAAAGAUUCAUCAUACCUAGUCUAGAGAGGGACGUACUUUGACUCAAGGAACCCAUCUUUGGCCAUUAGCGUUUGUCAAAACUAGUCUUUCUGUUCCCCGGGGAAGCUGUUGAAUGACAGGAAAAAUUCUGAAGUCAUUGAGUAAAGUGAAAGGCCAGCUCCCUGUAGGUUUUGUUUUUAAGAACCCUGAAAUGUUGGACUGAGAGAAAUGGAACAUUUUAUCUGUUUACUCCAAAUAGCACCCUCUGAAGGUGUUUCUGGACCCUCCAAGUGUCCUAUUUUCCAGGGACAGUCCCCAUUUUACAGAAGCUGUCCCAGUUUCUGAUUUAAUCCCAGAAGGUCCUGGUUUUCCUUAGAAUUUCCCUAUUUUCAUCAGAGAAAUGUAAGAGGGGAAGUCUCUGUUUUCACCGGAGAAAAGUUAGGGGUUAUGUGCUUCUCCACACAGUUCAAAACAAAUAGUUACCCCACUUUUUUACCCCUUGGGGUGUGUGAAAAGCCUCUGGAGGACAUUUGGAGCUGAUAACCUGUGAGUCAGAGAAGCGAAUGUACCUACUCUCUUCAUUACGGCUUCUCAGCUGCCAAGAUCCUCUUGAAUGGUGACAUGUAGAAAUACCACCAUGGAGAACUUAAACCCCAGGCGAUGUAAAGGCAGCAGAACAAAACAGUCUACUACUUACAACUACCUUUUCCACCCAGGGCAGCUGCAAUGUGGCUGGAUUGGAAGCAGCCGCUUGUGGAAGCGGCUUAAUUAUAUAUAUUGGUUUUUCAGGGUGGUUUGGAUGCAAUUUAUACUGACUUCCCCGCGCGUGUGGUAUUUGCACACAAAUGCCCACAAAUCUUCCCAAAUAAUGUGAAAAAGACUUUUAUCUUCCGAAAGGCAGCUUUAUAACAAUAUUUCAUGCAGUGCUUUUUUAAAAAUAAUAAUAUUUUUGUUGAGAACUGCUAUAUGUCUUUGCAAAUUAUGUUAGCACAUGUAAUUUCCAUAAUAAAAAAUGUAUUCAAAUUCCA